AUAUGGAUGAUAUUGAUAGAGUUAACGAAUAUGUUGAAUAUUAUAGAGGGCUGUUUAAAGAAGUAAAUAAAAUUAACAUCGAAAUGCAAAGAAUCAAUGAAGAAGAAAAAUUAUUUAAAUUUCCUGAAACUGAGUUUCCUAAAGUAGUUGAAUUACAAGAAAUAAUUAUCCCAUUUCAUGACCUUAUUUACAUUGUUCACCAAUGGAGGAAAGACAAUACCAUAUGGUUGGAUGGACCAUUUGAGUGGUUGGAUGCUAUUGUUAUAAGAAAGAAAACAUUAAACUACUUUGAAACGAUUACUGAAAUGAGCAAAACAUUCAAAGCAAAGAUUAAAAUGGAUCUGACAGCAAACAAAUGUUUCAAAUUUUCUGGUAUUGCAGACGAUCCAGAUCCUAUGCAACAACCAGCUCCAUUAAAAUUAUGCUGGCAAGCUCUCAAUGAUAUAAGUGAUUUUAAAAACUAUUUACCAUUGAUAGUAUGCAUGUGUAAUCUAGCUCUUCGAAAGUGUCACUGGAUGGAAAUGUCUGCAAUAAAUACUACUUUAUUGCAUCCCAAUUAUAAAAUAUUUAUAGAAACUCUUGAAACAAUAUGUGAAUCUAGAAAUCUACAUAUUCAUGAUGAUUUUAAAUUAAAAAUUAUACAAGCAUUUGAGUUACUGUAUAUUCAUCAAGCAGUGAUGUUUGUUGGUGACCCAUUUGUAGGGAAAACAGAAAUUGUAAGUGUUCUGAAGGAUGUUUUAAUAUCCUUACACAAUCAAGGUAUAGAAUAUGGAGUUGAUGUAAAGUUAGAAACUAUAAUUCCAGGAAUAUCAAAUAUUGAUCAACUCUACGGUCAUUUUGAUGAAAAAUCCAAAAUCUGGAAAGAUGGAAUAUGCUCUCAAGUUUUUCGCUCUUUAUCAGAUCAAUCUUUCGAGAAAAAGUGGAUAGUAUUUGAUGCACCAUUAAAAGAUGUGUGGGUCGAAAGUUUAUAUACAGUUUUGGAUACAAACAAAGUAUUACAUUUAACAUCAGGUGAAAAAAUUUAUAUAACAGAUUCAAUAUCUAUUAUUUUUGAAACUACAAGUAUUGUUGAAGCUUCUCCUGCUAUGUUAUCAAGAUGUGGAGUAAUUUAUAUUGAAUCACAGUCUCUUCAUUGGAGAUCAUAUGUUAAAACACACAUUUAUAAUCACAAUGUUUACAAUGGAUAUGAAGAAACAUUAUAUUCAUUAAUCGAUUGGACAAUUGAUCCUGUUCUAGAGUUUAUACAAAGGCAUUGUACUCUAACUUUAAUUGUGAAGCAUUUACACUGUAUAAUAUCAACAUUAAAUUUGCUUGAAAUGUAUUUGAGGGAUGCUCACACAGAAAGUACUGAAGAAAAGGGGAAAGCAAAUCACUUUAUAAUAUGGAUGCAAGCUGCGCUUAUAUUGUCUAUUAUGUGGGGAUUAGGAGGAAAUUUAAAUAUGGAUUCUCACAUUAAAUUGAAUUCCUUCUGUGUGUCACUUUGGAGUGGAAAAAAUGAAGAGUUUCCAAAACCCAAAACAAUAAAAAAUUUUGAUGUGACAUUACCUCACGAAGGUUUAAUACAAGAUAACUUUUAUAUUUUUAAAGGUAGUGGAAAUUGGAAAUAUUGGGGUGACUUAUUAAAAACUGUUAAGACGAUAGAGAUACCUGAUACCAAUGAGAUUUUUGUACCAACAGUCAAUAGUUUAAAAUAUAAUCAUUUGCUAUUAAAACAUAUUAAAUUUAAAAAACCUUUCCUUAUUUGUGGAAAUGCAUCUACUGGGAAGACUUUUUUAAUAAAAAAUUUAUUAAACAACGAACUAGCCAAAGAUAAAUAUUUGAUCAAUUUGUUUAGCUUUACUUCCAUGGAUGCUGUGUUAAGAACACAGAAGAUGCUGCUCUCUAAAUUAAAUAAAAUCAAAACAGGUCACUAUGGCCCUCCAAAAAAUCAAAUCUGCAUCAACUUCAUUGAUGAUCUUUGUAUAGAAACACAUGAUGGUGAAUCUGAAAUAAAUAAAAUUCUAGAACUUCUACGACAAUACCACAGUCAUGGAUAUUUCUAUAAUGUUAAUGAACCUGAAAAAAUAUUUAUUCACGACACCAUAUUCUCUCUUGCUGUUAUAGGAAAUGAUUUAAUUGAGAUAUGUCCUAGGUUUUUACGAUAUUUCAAUUUAUACAGCAUUUAUGCUUUGUCUUCAGAUACAAUAUUUAGAAUAUUUUCAAAUGUACUCUUUAUCAACUUUAAAAAGAAUCUUUUUGCAGCAGAUGUCUUAACUAGUGUAACUAGUAUAACAAAUGCUACAAUUGAUGUUUAUAGUUCAGUAAUAAAAAACCUACUGCCAAUACCUGCGAAAUUUCAAUAUCAGUUUAGCAUGAGAGAUGUAGGUAAAGUAAUUAAUGGCUGUAGUCUUCUUCAAAAGGAAUCAGUGGAAACAAAAGUUACUUUCAUCCGAAUCUGGGCUCAUGAAGUGUGGCGUAACUUUGGUGAUCGGAUAUUGGAUAACAAUGACAAAGAAUAUCUUUUCUUACAGAUUAGAGAAACCACUAAACGUCAUUUCAAAGACUCAUUUGAAACAGCCUUUGACUACCUGCCAAAGUCUAAAAACAAUCAGAUUACAAAGGAGUCCUUUAACGAUUUAGUAUUUAGCAAUUUUAUGGAUACAAUAGAAAAAGAUAAAAAUAAAAACUAUGAAGAGAUAACUUCUAUGGAAAAGUUAAGAAAUAAACUUCUUUUUUAUCUAAAUGGAUAUAAUACAAAUUUUAAAAAACAAAUUGAUAUUGCUAUAACACAAUAUGUGUUAGAAAGUCUCAUUAAAAUUACAAGAAUUUUAAUUAUACCAGGAGGUAAUUUAUUGAUGAUUUCCAAUAUAGGAUCUGGUAGAAAAUCUAUAACAAGUCUUGCAGCUUUUAUAAAUCAGCAAGAAUUGUUUGAGCCAUCUUCUUGUAGCCUUGAUUUAUGGAGAAAUGAUUUAAAAAGAGUUUUACAAAAGUGUGGUACUUCGAGGGAAAGUCUUACAUUUUUUAUAAAGGAAAAACAAAUAUCAGAUACCUUUCUUUGUGAUAUCAAGAGUUUGUUGGUUACUGGUGAAAUACCUGAUUUAUUUUCUACCAAAGAGAGAUAUGAUAUUAUUGAAAUGGUACGUUUGUAUGCUCAAGGAGGAAACAAAAAUGCAGAAAUAAGUACUCGUGCUGUGAUGAAUUAUUUUUUGGAACAAUGUAAAAGUAAUUUGCACAUAAUUAUAUGCUUUAACUCAACAAGCAAAUUAAUUAGAUCAUAUUUAUACAAAUAUCCGGAGCUGGUAAAGUAUUGUACAAUGAGUUUCCACAACACUUGGCCAAUAAGUGCAUUUAAGCAAAUAGGUUUAAAAUAUAUUCAAGAUACUAAUGUCCAAGAAAAUAUGAAAAAAAAUAUAAUCACGACUUGCAUAAAAUUGUACGACAGUGCACAAGAAAUAAGUAAUGAAUACUUUAAAGAAACGUCCAAAAUAAAUCAUGUCACAUUAUUAGCUUUCUUACACAUGUUGAAAUUAUACUCAUAUCAAGUAUCAAAAAAACAGAAAAAUAUUAUUGUUACAAGAAACAGGUAUUUAGCAGGUUUAGAAAAAUUGGAAUUAGCAGCACAACAGGUAGAGAAGAUGAAAGCUACAUUGAUAAUGUUAAAACCACAAUUAGAAAUAUCUGCUCAGCAAACUGUAACUACUAUGAAGGAAGUGGAGAAUGAAAAUAUCAGUGUAGAAGGAGCUACUAUACUUGUGCAGCAAGAAGAAGAAAUAGCAAAUAAAAAAGCAGGAAUAGCUGGUAAGUUGAAAGUGGAAUGUGAAGCUGAUCUGGCUGUAGCAAUUCCAAUUCUAGAAGAUGCUGUUGCUGCAUUGAAUACACUAAAGCCUACAGAUAUUACACUUGUAAAAGCCAUGAAAAAUCCUCCUGACACUGUCAAGCUAGUAAUGGCAGCAGUCUGUGUUAUGCUUGAUGUAGCACCUGAUAAACCUAUUGAUCCAGUUACUGGGAAAAAGUACACAGACUACUGGGGUCCAAGCAAGCGUAUUUUAGGUGACAUGAAUUUUUUACAGAAUUUAAAAGAUUAUGAUAAAGACAACAUUCCAUCAAAUAUUAUGCAAAUCAUUAAAAAAACGUAUAUAUCAGAUAACAGCUUUAAACCUCAUAUUGUUGCUAAAGCAUCAAGUGCUGCAGAAGGCCUCUGCAAAUGGGUCAGAGCAAUGGUAUCUUAUGAUGAAGUUGCAAAAGCAGUUGCACCUAAAAAGGAAAAACUUUUUGCUGCACAAAAGGAAUGCGACGAAGCUGAAGCUUUUUUAAACGAGAAACGUAAAACACUUUCUGAGUUGAAUGCAAAACUUGCAGCGCUAAACAACAGUCUUCAAGAAACAUUGCAACAAAAAGUAAAACUCGAGAAUGAAGUAGAAGAUUGUACCAAUAAGCUUAAUAAGGCAGAGAAAUUAAUUGCAAGUUUGGGAGGUGAAAAAGAUCGCUGGAUGCAAUGUGCAGAAUACUUACAAGAAAAUUAUAAUAAUCUUGUUGGAAAUAUGAUACUAUCAUGUGGAAUAAUAAGUUACACAGCAUCCUACACUACUAUUUUGCGGGAUAAGAUUGUGGGAUAUUGGAAACAAUAUAUUGAAGAUUUAAAAAUACCAUUCACUGCUGACUACAAUCUAAUAAAUAUACUUGGUGAAGAGAAUGAAAUUAACCAUUGGUAUCUUUGUGGUUUACCUAAACAUAGAUUUUCAAUUGAAAAUGCAAUUAUUAUGAGUAAUUCUGAACUGUGGUGUUUAUUCAUUGAUUCGCAGAAUCAAGCAAAUCAAUGGAUCAAAACUAUUGAAAAACAAAAUGAUCUUAAAACUAUUAAAUUCACUAAUUUAGAUUAUGCAUCAGUUAUUCAAUCUAGUGUUGAAAAUGGAAAUCCAGUGUUAAUUGAAAAUGUAGGAGAAAAUUUAGAAACAAUGUUAGAUGCUUUUCUUAAGGACAAAAUUUAUAAUGAUGGAAAUAUUUCGUAUUUGGUCAUAAAUCAGAAUAUUAUAAAAUAUUCGCCAAAUUUUCGGUUGUAUAUUACAACACGAUUAUUAAAUCCACAAUAUUCACCUGAAGUAUUCAGUAAAUUCACUGUAAUUGAUUUUUCCAUUCCAAACGAAGCUCUUCAAGAUAGACUCCUCGAUCUCGUAAUUUUUAAGGAAAAACCAGAACUUCAGGAAAAAUUUGAAAUACUGCAUAUGGAAGAUGUUAAUAAUAAAAAAAUAUUGAAACAACAAGAAGACAAUAUUUUAUGCACCUUAUCUUCAACAACCACUAAUAUUCUUGAAGAUGAGAAUGCAAUAAAAACUUUGGACUUCUCCAAAAAUCUUUCUUUAAAUAUAAUUAAAAAACAAGAGAUAACAAAAUUAAUGUCUCAAGAGAUCAGCAGAUUUCGAGAUGCUUAUACACAGUUUGUUAAAUACUGUGUAGAUUUGUUCAAUACACUUAUUGCUCUGACAUGCUUGAAUAAUAUGUAUUGUUUUUCUUUUACAUGGUUCAUGCAGUUAUAUAUUAGAUCUAUUGAGACCUCGAAUAGAAGUAUUAUUCUUGAAAAGAGAUUAGCAUAUUUAAAAUCUUCAUUUACUCAAAGCCUUCAUGCAAGCAUUUGUAGAUCCUUAUCAGAGAAGCAUAAGAUACUGUGCUCAUUCUUAUUAUGCUCUAAAAUAUUAUUAGAUGAUAAGCAAGUCACAAAAGAAGAGAUUAAGUAUUUUAUGUAUUCAAACUCCAGACAUAUUGAAAUCAUUCCUGAUAGUAAACCUAGUUGGUUACCACAAAAUAUUUGGAUAAAUAUUUGGGAUGUUCAGAAUACCUUAUUAACUUUUAAUGGUCUAGUAGAAGAUUUUUGCUACAAUGAAAUAGCAUGGAAACAAUAUUUCACUUCUGAAACACUUCAAAAUCAGUUAUUACCAAAGCCUUGGAUAGACAAAUCUUCUUUUCAAAAACUCAUACUUACUAAAACUUUAAAACCUGAUAAAAUUAUAUUGCAAAUAAUAGAAAUAAUAGAAGAUAUAUUAGGAAACACACAAGGCUACUCUCCACAAUUUAAAGUGUCUCAAUCGUAUGCAGACUCCAAUUGUUUAACCCCUAUUUUAUUCAUUUUACCAAGUUGUUCAUCACCUUUAUCUCUUAUUUCUACACUCGCAAAAAGAAAGGGUUAUUUGUCAAAGUUUAUCUCUCUGUCUAUGAGCAGAGGUCAAGAAGAAAAAGCUGAAUACCUUCUAAAAAGAGCUCAGACUGAAGGCAAUUGGGUGUUUUUACAAAAUUGUCAUUUAGUACCUCAUUGGAUGUUAGAGCUUGAAAGAAUCUGUGAAAAUUGCAACAUCUCCAAUACAUCUCUGGGUUUUCGAUUAUGGUUGUCCAGUUAUCCUAUUAAAGAGUUUCCAAUUAGUAUCUUGCAUAAUAGCGUAAAGAUAUCACAUGAUUAUCCAUUGAAUAUUAAGGAAAUAUUGUUAAAUAUUUAUCAGUCCGAACCUGUAGUAAAUAAUGACUUUUAUGAAGGAUGUCCAGGAAAAGAUAAAGUUUUCUCUAAACUGCUAUUUAGUUUAUCUCUAUUUCACGUGAUUGUAGAAGAGAGAAAACGCUUUGGUAUUCAAGGAUGGAAUAUACCAUACGAUUUUGAUUAUUCUGAUUUUUAUAUAUCUGCCAUGCAAAUGCAAAGCUUUAUAAAUGGUGCUGAUUAUACACCUUUUGAUAUUAUUCAAUACUUUAUUGGAGAAUGUAAUUAUGGAGGAAAAAUAAUGAAUAAUCUUGAUAAAAGAGGACUGCUGCAUCUAUUUAAUGAUUACUGCAAUUUAGAGAUAUUUAAAAAUGAGAGAGCAGAGUUGAUGCCACAAAGAUGUGAAUAUAUCCAUGUGAUUAAAUACAUUGAAGAAAUGCCUUCUGAUUUAUCUUCCAAAGUUUUUGGAUUCAGUAAAAAUGGAGCUAUAAUUCGAGAUACAAUGAUGGGUACUGAAUUCUUGUCAUUCAUCUCAAUCAUGAAUCCUAUUGAUCAUUUAUUAAAUGAUCAAUUGCCUCAAGAUCAAAUAUUACUUUUAAUCAGUGAUAUAACUGAUAAAUUGCAGGAUUCAUUUGAAAUUGAUCACUUGGAAGAGAAUGAGUCUUCUCUGCUUCAAGAACCUUUGAAUAGGGUUCUUUUGUGUGAAGCAAAGUUAUUGAAACAUACUUUAACAGUUCUAAUUCGAACAUUAAAUAGUUUAAAAUUGGCAUUUGAAGGAUCUCUUCCAUUUACUGAUUCUUUACAGACAACCUCAGAAAGGAUAUACAAAAAUAAAAUUCCUCAUAUCUGGAAAAAUAUGAAAAAUAAUAAUAUAACAGACAAUUUAGGAUAUUACGUUGAUAAUUUAAUGAAACGCAUACAUUUUCUUAAACAGUGGAUGAAUGAAGGCUGUCCUAGUAUUAUUUGGCUUGAUGCAUUAUUUUUUGCUAAAAUGUUCUUCUCUACAAUUUCAUCAACUUUUUCUAAAAAAUACAAUAUACCUAUUGAAGAGAUUGAGCUUGAAUUUAAAAUUAUGAACGGAGGAACUGAUACAGAAAAUGUUGAUGCAUACUUUAUUCGUGGUUUACAUUUAUCUGGAGCUCGGUGGAACACCGAAAAAAAUAUAUUAACCGAAACAUUUAAAUACAUUUAUUGGCAGGAUAUGCCACCUAUAUGUGUUACAUUUUCACGUAAUAAAAAAGAUAUGGAUAAUGUGUAUCAAUGCCCUGUAUAUGUAACUGCCGCCCAAUGUGCUGAUAAAAGUAUUAAAAGUAUAUCAAAUAAUUAUAUAAUUAAUAUACCAUUAAUAACAGAUCGAAAUAGGUCAUAUUGGGUAAAAUGUGGUACAGCUUUAUACUGUCACAAUUCAUAACAGAGUUGAGCAUUAAUCGAUUAAAAUUGUUUAUUUUAUGUCAUUAUAUCAUUA